UCUCUCCCACGCUCCCCUCGCACUCCCCACUCCCACUCGCACUGCUCGCGCCCGCCAUUAAUUGCGCGCGCGCUUGCUCGUCUCCUCGUCGGCGGCGGAGAGGGAGCGGAGCGGAGCGGAGGAGAGGACAUGGAGGGCGGCGGCGCGGCGGCGGUGGUGCCGGAGGCGUGGUCGCAGGUGAGGGCGCCGGUGAUCGUGCCGCUGCUGCGCCUGGCGGUGGCGGUGUGCCUCACCAUGUCGGUGCUGCUGUUCCUGGAGCGGAUGUACAUGGCGGUGGUCAUCGCCGGGGUCAAGCUGCUCCGCCGCCGCCCGGAGCGCCGCUACCGGUGCGACCCGCUCCCCGACGACGACCCCGAGCUCGGCACCUCCGCCUUCCCCGUCGUCCUCAUCCAGAUCCCCAUGUUCAACGAGCGCGAGGUGUACCAGCUGUCGAUCGGGGCGGUGUGCGGGCUAUCGUGGCCGUCGGAUCGGCUGGUGGUGCAGGUGCUCGACGACUCCACUGACCCUGUCAUCAAGGAGAUGGUGAGGAUGGAGUGUGAGAGGUGGGCCCACAAGGGGGUGAACAUAACCUACCAGAUCAGGCAGGACCGGAAGGGGUACAAGGCGGGUGCACUCAAGGAGGGCAUGAAGCAUGGCUACGUCCGCGAAUGCGAGUACGUGGCCAUUUUCGACGCCGACUUCCAGCCCGACCCGGACUUCCUCCGCCGCACCAUCCCCUUCCUUGUCCACAACUCCGACAUCGCCCUCGUCCAGGCUCGCUGGCGGUUCGUGAAUGCAGAUGAGUGCUUGAUGACAAGGAUGCAGGAGAUGUCCUUGGAUUAUCACUUCACAGUGGAGCAAGAAGUGAGCUCCUCUGUCUGUGCAUUCUUCGGCUUCAAUGGAACUGCCGGUAUAUGGCGCAUUUCUGCGGUAAAUGAGGCGGGAGGAUGGAAGGACCGGACCACGGUGGAAGACAUGGAUCUGGCAAUCCGAGCAAGUCUCAAGGGGUGGAAGUUCGUCUACCUUGGUGAUGUUCAGGUCAAAAGUGAGCUGCCAAGUACAUUCAAAGCCUUUCGGUUUCAGCAGCACAGAUGGUCAUGUGGACCGGCAAACCUUUUCAGGAAGAUGCUGAUGGAGAUUGUGAAAAAUAAGAAAGUGACAAUCUGGAAGAAGAUUCAUGUCAUCUACAACUUCUUUCUGAUCCGCAAGAUUGUCGCGCACAUAGUGACCUUUACGUUCUACUGUUUAAUUAUCCCAGCAACUAUCUUUGUCCCUGAGGUCAGGAUACCAAAGUGGGGCUGUGUAUACAUUCCCACAAUUAUCACCCUUCUCAAUUCCGUUGGAACUCCCAGAUCUUUUCACUUGCUCUUCUUCUGGAUCCUCUUUGAGAACGUAAUGUCACUGCAUAGAACCAAGGCCACUCUCAUUGGAUUGUUGGAGGCCGGUAGGGCGAAUGAGUGGGUCGUCACCGCGAAGCUCGGCAAUGCUCUGAAGAUGAAAUCAUCAAACAAAUCAUCAUUCAAGAAAUCAUUCAUGAGGAUAUGGGACAGGCUCAACGUUACCGAGCUCGGUGUGGCGGCAUUCCUCUUCUCCUGUGGAUGGUAUGAUCUUGCAUUUGGGAAGGACCAUUUCUUCAUCUACCUCUUCUUCCAAGGAGCGGCGUUCUUCAUCGUCGGCAUUGGAUAUGUUGGCACAAUUGUUCCACAAUCAUAACAGAAGCAUAUAUAUUUUGAGAUCGGCCGGUUUCAAAAUUCACCAUGUCUUCAGCAAGAGUCUAGUAGUUAUAUAAUCAGUUUGAAGUAAAGAUCAUGCAGGAUUUUUUUUCUCUCUUUCAUUUAUUUUUCUCUGUUUCUUUUCUUUUCUUUUUUUGCUUUUCUCUAUCAUGUGCUAUUGUAAAAAAAAAAUAGUGCAGUGUAAGGUCACUGCAGGAAGAAAACCUUAGGGCAUUGGUGUCAUCUGGGAAAGGGAAGGAGGAGGAGGAUAUCGGGAUGUGUUUUUGCUUGUAGCAAGUACGUGAGUGGUAUGCUUAAGAGGAGCAGGAUGACUGCUUCCAUUGUACUGUAAUAACAUACAGAGAAGAAAAAAAAGGUCAGACAAGUGCUGGACAAAACCAAAAAUGUUCAGCCUUCUCUCGCAUUCCACU